AUGGAUGAGACACAGGGACCUCUGGCCUUGACUGUCCAUCUUCUUGCCAACUCUGGGCACGGUUCACUUCUGCAGAGGACUCUGGACCAGCUCCUGGAUUGCAUUUGCCCAGAGGUCCGGCUCUUUCAAGUGUCUGAACGGGCCAGUCCUGUGAAAUACUGUGAAAAGUCCCACUCCAAGCGGUCCCGGUUCCCAGGGAUGUCCGUGUUGCUCUUUCUGCCCAAAAGCCUGGGAGAGGAUCGGCUGUUCCGCAUCCUGGACUCUCUCCAACAUUCGCCAUGGCAGUACUACCCCACCCAGGACACUCGGGGAAGGCUGUGUCCCUACCUUCUUGCCAAUCAGGAGUUCUACAGCCUGGACAGCCAGAUGCCCAUCUGGGGGGUGAGGCAGGUGCACAGUGGCUCUGAGAUCCUGAGGGUGACGCUCUAUUGCAGCUUUGAUAACUAUGAGGAUGCCAUCAGACUCUAUGAGAUGAUCCUGCAGAGAGAAGCCACCUUGCAAAAGAGCAAUUUUUGUUUCUUCAUGCUCUAUGCCACCAACAGCUUUGCUCUGCAGCUCUCCCUGAAGCAGCUGCCCCCAGGAAUGUCAGUGGACCCCAAAGAGUCUUCGGUGCUGCAGUUUAAGGUUCGAGAGAUUGGCCAGUUAGUGCCUCUGCUACCCAACCCAUGCAUUCCCAUCAGCAGCACCAGGUGGCAGACUCAGGACUACGAUGGCAACAAGAUUCUGCUUCAGGUCCAGCUGAAUCCAGAACUUGCUGUUAAAAGUGGUACCUCAGGAGCUGGCAUGCUUCCCCUGGGCUCGAGGCUGACUUCUGUUUCUACAAACAGGACCUUAGAACCCAGAAGCCAGAGGAGCCAGGUCAGGAGGUUCCAGGGGCAUUCUCUGGAGCUUCCUGAGCCUGGUGGGAGCCCCAUGUCAGACAGCUGUGGUGGCGCUUCGUGGAAAAGCCCUGGCCGGUCGUUCCAGGCCAGCAGCCCAGCCACAGGUGCCUACCUGCCCCUGUCUUCUCAUCACCUUGAAUCCAGGGCGAGAAAGAAGGUCCUCAACCGGGAAAACAGCUUUCAGAAGCUUGAGGCAGAGACGAAUGUUGACACGGGGUUCACUAUCAUAAAUUCUGAACCCAGGCAGACUUAUGUUGGUGGAUUUCCAAGGGAUUUGCAGACCAGCCAGCCCCCAUUCUGCUUGCCAGCCUCUUCCUUAGGAGUGUCCACCUCCAAAAACAGCAGUGUCCUUAAGGAAAGAGUCUGUCCUUUGCCGCUUGCUGGCCAAAGGGACCUUGGUACCAGGAAGACAGUUUCAAAAUGUCUUCUUCAUCUGCAUGUUCAGGGUGAAGAAAAAGAAGACAAAGAAGAAUUCUUUAUAUAG